CUUUCUCCGUCACUCGUGCCUUCCAAUUUCAUCAAACGUCGACGGUGACAUGCAGUACAAAUCAAUGUCUCUUGCAUUUCAGAAGAGAUUAGAUCGGUGAAUGCAAUUGUUUCAUCUUAAACAUUUGGUGGCGUUUCCAAGUCGCAUCCGGGAUCGGAAUGGCUUCACAGGGCUUAGGAGGGCCUUCCCGGUGCGGGAGGGUGCUGGGGCCCUCCCUCGACAAGAUCAUCAAGAACGCGGCGUGGCGAAAACACUCCAAUCUGGUGGCAGCCUGCAAAUCCGCACUCGACAAGCUCGAGACCCUCUCCGACUCCCUUUAUCCGGAUCCGAGUUCUCCUCUCUUCGGGGUCGCUCCAGCCGAUGCAGAAUCCCUCCUCCACCCUUUCUUUCUUGCACUGGAUUCCGCCUAUGCUAAAGUCGCGGAGCCCGCCUUGGAAUGUGCAUUCAAACUCUUCUCCCUUGGCCUCCUCCGAGGCGAGAUCGAUCAUAACAGCGCCGUCCUCAACAAGUUCAUCGAGGGAAUCUGCAAAGUUGGUGGCAUAGGAGAGGAAUCUAUCGAGCUCUCCGUUCUUCGAGUGCUGCUUGCUGCCGUGCGUUCCCAGUGUUUGUUGAUCCGUGGUGAGUGCUUGGUUCACAUUGUCAGGACUUGUUAUAAUGUCUAUCUUGGUGGCUUGAAUGGCACCAAUCAGAUCUGUGCCAAGUCGGUUCUCGCGCAGAUUAUGUUGAUUGUUUUCACUAGGGUGGAGCUGGAUUCCAUGGAUGUUAUGAUCAAAACGGUUUCGGUUAAUGAGUUGUUGGAGUUUGCAGAUAAGAAUCUGAACGAAGGUAGUUCCGUUCAUUUCUGUCAGAAUUUUGUAAACGAGGUUAUGGGAGCCAAUGAAGAAGUUAUUGAUGGGAAGCUCACGAUCCAUAUUCCGGCAUCAUCCAAAAAACUGCAAAAUGGUGAUACCGAUUCUCCCAAAGGGGUCAUUGGCGGAGGAGGUGGAGAACCGGAUGAGGGAGGUGAAUCCGGCUGUGGUGGUGAUGAAUUUGUAAGUAAGUUAAGGGAGGACGGGUUCCUUCUUUUUAGGAACCUGUGCAAGUUAUCAAUGAAAUUCUCCUCGCAGGAGAACCCAGAUGAUCAGAUUCUUCUGAGGGGCAAGAUUUUGUCACUGGAGCUACUCAAGGUGAUAAUGGAUAAUGGAGGUCCAAUUUGGCAAACAAAUGAGAGGUUUCUGAAUGCUAUUAAACAGUAUCUUUGUUUGUCGUUGUUAAAGAACAGCGCGUUGUCUGUUAUGGCGAUUUUCCAACUUCAAUGUUCUAUUUUUAUGAGCUUAUUAUCAAAAUAUAGAUCUGGGUUGAAAUCAGAAAUUGGUAUAUUCUUUCCCAUGCUGGUUCUCCGGGUGCUCGAGAAUGUUAACCAGCCUAGUUUCUUGCAGAAAAUGACUGUACUUAACUUAUUGGAGAAGAUCUCUCAAGAUUCGCAGCUUAUCAUUGAUAUUUUUGUCAACUAUGACUGCGACGUUGAUGCUCCUAACACAUAUGAGAGGGUUGUCAAUGGUCUUCUGAAAACUGCUCUAGGACCAACACCUGGUUCAACCACAACUUUGUCUACAGCACAUGAUAUUACUUUUCGCCAUGAAUCAGUGAAGUGUUUGGUUAGCAUCAUCAGAUCGAUGGGAGCAUGGAUGGACCAGCAGCUGAAAGUAGGAGAUUCCUACGUGCCCAGAAACUCUGAGAAUGAUGUUUUAACAGAGAACCAUUCAACCCCCAGUGCAGAAGAUGGAACUAUCCCCGACUUCGAGCUACAUGCAGAAAUUACUUCUGAAUUGUCAGAUGCUGCCACUCUUGAGCAACGCCGAGCUUAUAAGAUUGAACUCCAGAAAGGUGUCUCGCUGUUUAACAGGAAACCUUCCAAGGGCAUUGAGUUUCUGAUCAGCACCAAAAAGACUGGUGGUUCCCCAGAAGAUGUUGCUGCAUUCCUGAAGAAAACUACUGGCCUAAAUGAAUCCAUGAUUGGUGAUUACUUGGGUGAAAGAGAUGAAUUUUGUCUAAAAGUUAUGCAUGCUUAUGUCGACUCAUUUAAUUUCAAAGGAAUGGAUUUUGGCGAAGCUAUAAGGUUUUUCCUUCGAGGCUUCAGAUUACCGGGAGAGGCACAGAAGAUUGACCGCAUUAUGGAAAAGUUUGCUGAGCGUUAUUGCAAAUGCAAUCCGAAUUCGUUUACUAGUGCAGAUACUGCUUAUGUUCUUGCCUACUCUGUAAUAAUGCUUAACACAGAUGCCCAUAAUAGCAUGGUUAAAGAUAAGAUGACUAAGGCUGAUUUCAUCCGGAAUAAUCGUGGUAUUGAUGAUGGCAAGGAUUUACCUGAAGAUUAUCUUGGUAACCUCUAUGAUCAAAUAGUGAAAAAUGAAAUAAAAAUGAAUGCCGAUUCUUCUGUUCCUCAGAGCAAGCAGGGAAACACCUUGAAUAAACUACUAGGUUUUGAUGGUAUACUAAAUUUAGUCUCUUGGAAGCAGACCGAAGAAAAACCAUUGGGUGCUAAUGGUCUCCUUAUAAAGCACAUUCAGGAGCAGUUUAAGGCAAAGUCAGGGAAAUCAGAGUCAGUUUAUCAUGCUGUUACGGAUGCUGCAAUAUUAAGGUUCAUGGUGGAGGUCUGCUGGGGUCCCAUGUUGGCUGCCUUCAGUGUGACUCUUGAUCAAAGUGACGACAGGCAUGCAACAUCACAAUGUUUGCAGGGUUUUCGGCAUGCUGUGCAUGUUACUGCAGUAAUGGGUAUGCAGACCCAGAGAGAUGCUUUUGUUACAUCUAUGGCCAAGUUCACUUAUCUACACUGUGCUGCAGAUAUGAAGCAAAAGAACAUUGAGGCUGUUAAGGCAAUAAUAUCAAUUGCCAUUGAAGAUGGAAAUUAUCUUCAGGAAGCAUGGGAGCAUAUAUUGACAUGCCUUUCUCGAAUUGAGCAUCUGCAGCUGCUGGGAGAGGGUGCACCACCAGAUGCAUCCUUUUUCUCAGCAUCUAAUGUUGAGACAGAUGAAAAAACACUGAAGUCGAUGAAUUAUCCUUAUCUAAAGAAAAAAGGAACCCUACAGAAUCCAGCUGUAAUGGCUGUUGUACGAGGGGGUUCAUAUGAUAGCACAAGUGUUGGGGUCAAUGCUUCAGGACUGGUAACUCCAGAACAGAUUAAUAAUUUUAUUGCAAACUUGAAUUUACUGGACCAGAUUGGGAACUUUGAGUUGAACCACGUAUUUGCUCAUAGCCAAAGGCUGAACAGUGAGGCAAUAGUAGCUUUUGUGAAAUCCCUUUGCAAAGUUUCAAUAUCUGAGCUGCAGUCUCCCACAGACCCUCGUGUAUUUAGCCUCACAAAAAUAGUUGAAAUUGCGCAUUACAAUAUGAACCGCAUCAGAUUAGUCUGGUCUCGCAUAUGGAAUGUUCUAUCCGAUUUCUUUGUCUCAGUUGGGUUGUCAGAGAACCUCUCUGUUGCGAUUUUUGUAAUGGAUUCACUGCGGCAACUUGCAAUGAAAUUUUUGGAACGUGAAGAGCUAGCAAAUUAUAACUUCCAGAACGAAUUUCUUAGGCCAUUUGUGAUUGUUAUGCAGAAAAGCGGCUCAGCAGAAAUUAGGGAGUUAAUUGUUCGCUGCAUUUCUCAGAUGGUCCUCAGUCGUUUCAACAACGUAAAAUCCGGGUGGAAAAGUGUAUUUACGGUUUUUACUACUGCUGCAGCUGAUGAGCGCAAGAACAUUGUCUUGUUGGCUUUUGAGACAAUGGAAAAAAUAGUGCGAGAAUUUUUUCCUUAUAUUACAGAGACAGAGACUGUUACAUUCACUGACUGCGUUAGAUGCCUCAUCACCUUCACAAAUAGUAAAUUUAACAGUGACGUCAGUCUCAAUGCCAUUGCAUUUCUCCGUUUCUGUGCCGUCAAACUUGCAGAUGGAGGACUUGUUUGCAAUCAGAGGACCAAAAUUGAUGAUUCACCCAUUUCGGCAAAUGAGGAUGCUUCAGCUGUCCAAACUCCCACAGACAAAGAUGAUCCUGGAUCCUUUUGGCUACCUUUGCUCACAGGGUUAUCAAAAUUAACAACUGAUCCUAGGUCAGCUAUCCGAAAGAGUGCUUUGGAAGUGCUAUUUAACAUUCUCAAGGAUCAUGGUCAUCUAUUUUCCCAGACAUUUUGGAUUGGUGUUUUUAGGUCUGUGAUUUUUCCAAUAUUUAAUAGUGGAUACAGCAAGUACAUGAACCUAGAAGAUGACCAGAAUUCACCUACUUCUGUCUCUCCACAAGUGGAUACCUGGGAUCCUGAAACUUCUGCAGUUGCAGCACAGUCUCUAUUGGAUCUGUUUGUCACCUCUUUCGAUGUAGUGAGGUCCCAGCUACAAAGCUUGGUAUUGAUACUGACUGGAUUCAUAAGAAGCCCUGUUCAGGGUCCUGCCAGCACUGGGGUUGCUUCAUUGUUGCGUUUGGCCAGUGAAUUGGGUAGCAAGCUUUCGGAAGAUGAAUGGAGAGAGAUAUUUCUGGCCUUGAAGCAGGCGGCAGCAUCAACCUUGCCGAGCUUUAUGAGGGUUUUGAGAAGCAUGGAUGACAUUGAGGUGCCAGAUGUUUCUCAAUCUCACACUAAUAUGGAUACUUUCUCCGAUCAUGGAUUGCCCAAUGAUGAUCUUGAGGAUGACGAUAUACAAACUGCAGCAUAUGUGGUUUCAAGAUUGAAGAGCCAUAUUGCUGUGCAGCUACUUAUCAUGCAGGUUGUCUCUGAUUUGUACAAAAGGGAGCUCCAGUUCUUGUCUGCAGCCAACGUCUCGGUACUUGUUGAUAUAUUUUCAUCUAUUGUGAGACAUGCCAAUGAACUGAACUCUGAGACACUAGUGCUGAAGAAGCUGCAAAGAGCAUGCUCUAUCUUGGAGCUUUCUGAGCCCCCAACUGUUCAUUUUGAAAACGAGUCUUUGCAAAAUUAUCUUGACUUCCUCCAAGAUCUACUUGUGGAUAAUGGAUCGAUAUCUAAGGAGAUAAAUGUAGAACUGCAGCUUGUGACGUUGUGUGAAAAAAUAUUGCAGAUGUACAUGAAGUGUACUGGAUCUGGACCCCAAAAACCAGUUGACCAGCCAGUUGUGCACUGGAUCCUUCCGUUGGGUUCAGCCAGGAAGGAAGAAUUGGCAGGCCAGACUUGCUUACUUGUGUCAGCAUUGCGAGUAUUGAGUAAUAUGGAAAGGGAUUCAUUUAAGAGGUAUGCCCCUCAAUUAUUUCCUCUGCUGGUUGACCUUGUGGGGAGCGAGCAUAGCUCGGGAGAAGUUCUGCGUGUAUUAAGCAAUGUUUUUCAUUUAUGUAUAGGCCCCUUAAUAAUCGGUUAGAGCAUAUACUACACAUGUAUGUGUCAUCGAGACACAAUUUUGGAGUUGUUUAAUCGAGUCAGUAGCCUGAGCUUUCAUAUUCUUUACAUAUAAGUUUAUUGUAUCAAAUGCAGAGGGAGGGUUAAACUUAUUUUACUUGGCAAGAUUUCUUCGGGUGAGGAAAUCUUGUGUCAAUGUAAAAGAAUGUAUUUAAUGUGCUUGAAGAUAUGAUUGAACAAGCAUAACAUAUUAUUAA